CAAAUGGAGCUGCUUCUGGUGAAUAAGCUGAAAUGGAAUCUGGCUGCAAUGACCCCCCACGAUUUCAUUGAACAUUUCCUCACUAAAAUGCCUCUGGCAGAGGACACCAAGCAGAUCAUCCGUAAACAUGCUCAGACUUUUGUGGCUCUGUGCGCGACAGAUAUUAAAUUUAUUUCAAACCCACCUUCCAUGAUCGCAGCUGGCAGUGUGGUAGCAGCUGUGCAAGGCCUGCAUCUGGGGAACACUAACACUUUCCUCUCCUAUCAAUGCCUCACACAUUUCCUAUCACAAGUUAUCAAAUGUGAUCCGGAUUGUUUACGAGCCUGCCAAGAACAGAUCGAAUCCCUCCUUGAAUCCAGUCUACGUCAGGCACAGCAGCACAACGUAUCUUCAGAAACAAAGACUGUAGAGGAUGAAGCAGACCUUUCCUGCACACCUACUGAUGUGCGAGAUGUGAACAUUUAAGAGGACUUCUAAUGGGUUUGCUUGGCGAGAAAAGCAGACAAAGAAAGGGCAUCUGAGAAGGAAUCAGCUUCAGGAUCUCCCCCCCAGAAACCCUUUUCUCCAGGACAUUUUUAUACCAGAAGGGAAAACCAGUCUUGUUAUAUUUUUUCUUGCUCUGUCUCCCUUCCAUCUGUGACUUCAAACAAACAAAUAAACAAAAAAUACCCCAAAAACUGUCUUAAAAAAAGAAAAAAAUAGUAUUUGCAUUACCCCCAGGGGUUUGUGCUACAAAAAUAGAGGAUUUUAUACAAUAAUAAUCAACUAGUUUUUAUAUUAAAGUGUUCUUGUCUGUAUGUUGUAAAAAUAGGCAUUAACACACAAAAUGUCUCCAGGGGAGGUAUUAGAUUUGAUUUCUUACAUACAAAACAAACCAACCAACCAUUUUUAAAGUAGAAGAGGGUUUUUUUUUUUUAGAUAGUAAAUGAAAUAUCUUUUUUUU